UAACAUCUAAUACCCAGAGCAGUCGGUCCCCUGUAAAAAUGGAGGAGUGCAGGCGGUUUAGUUUUCUGUUCAUGCUGCUGGUGGUUGUUCUGACCAGCGUAUCUGGCCAGGACAGUCCAACCCGAACCACCGCGUCCGGGGACAUCGCGGGGUUCACCAGUGUCGCGGACGGGCGGACGGUGGAGAACUACUUCGGUAUCCCCUAUGCCGCCCCGCCGACGGGAAACCUCCGCUUCAGCCCUCCCCAGCCUGUGCAAUCCUGGGAAGGCGUCAGGAAUGCGUCGGUCUUCGGCAACGAGUGCGUACAGACCUCUCCCGGCGGGCCCAUGUCAGAGGACUGUCUGUAUCUGAACGUGUGGGUCCCACAACAGGGGGCACAGUCACAAGUGUUGUCUGUGGUGGUGUAUAUACACGGAGGGGCAUUUCAAUCCGGAUCGGGCAACAAAGAAGAAGGGGCGGACUGGUUGGCGGCGGUUGGUGACGUCAUCGUGGUUGCGAUGAACUACCGGCUGAACGUGUUCGGGUUCCUCAGCACGGGGGACCGGAACUCCCCGGGAAACUACGGACUCAUGGACCAGCGGGCAGCCAUCGUCUGGGUGAAGGAGAACAUCCACAACUUCGGCGGGGAUCCAGAUAGCAUCACGUUGUAUGGCCUAAGCGCGGGGUCCAUCGCGGUAAGUCACCAGAUGCUGUCUCCCAAAAAUAACGGACUGUUCAGCCGGGUGAUCUGUGAAAGCGGCGUUGCUACAGGACCAGGUACCAUCAACUACCAUCCCCUGGAGUCAGUCAGAAAACUCUGUAACGUGAUGAACUGUACUGGCGAUGACCCGGCUGGUAUGGUGACGGACCUCAGGGCGGCGGACCCUGUCCAACUCACCAACGCCGCUGCUACAUUUACAGGAACGCCACCCCUGAGAUACUGGGCACCCGUCAUCGACGGAGACUUUAUUCCGGAAGAGCCCUUACAUCUUCUGGAGUCUGGGGCCUUACAGAACCGCGACUUACUCCUCGGUAGCAACGACGACGAAGGGGGAUACCUCUUUGGAGAUCCGGGAUUUUUAGCUGUGAACAACGUACCGAUGGUCAAAGGUCUACUUCAAGUUACCUUUCCCGGUUUCUUUACGGAGGAUGUCCUGGAAGCUCUUACGUACGACUACGACAUGUGGAAUGAGGAAGACCCUGCGUCGCUGAGAAGGUCUCUGGUAGAUUUGUACGGCGAUUUCACCUACGUAGCCAAUACAGUACAGACAGCUAACAUCUAUUCAAAGAGAAACUACACGACCUACAUGUACCAGUUCGCCCAUCGGCUGUCGAACUCACCGUUCCCGCCAGGAGUCGGUGCCUCACACGCAAACAACCACUUCUUUAUUUUUCCAUCGUCGGACUUCUUGGAACGCGCCACUGUCGACGAGAAGAACCUGAUGCAAACCAUGAUAAAGCUUUGGACUAACUUUGCCAAGACAGGCAACCCGAACUCGCCAGCAGACACAACCCUGCCGGUAGAAUGGCCCAAGUACCUGCCGUCUACCAAGCAGUACCUCCGUCUCACCGCCAACCUGGCCUCCGACUCGGUACAGUCCAACCUGCGACCCAAACACACUUUCUUCUGGACGAAGACGGCGCCAUCUUUAGAUGGGAAGACGUGCAAAUGUGAGACUUGUGCUAACCCUGGCGCCACGUCUGGGGCUAUCACGUUUGUAGGGACGUCAGUUGUGGCGUGCGUCAUCGCUGGUCUAUUGGCGCAUGUGUACAACUACUUCCCGGGUGCCGGACAUUAGGAAACUAUAGGUUGGUUGUUCGCACCCACGUGACUAUGACGUAAGAAUUCUCCGCCAUGUUGGGUGGUUAAACCCGGAAGUUGUUAGCUAUUUGUGUACGUAAUUUUAGUCACGUGGCUAUGCAUAUGACAUGUAAAUUUUUCGGUUUAACCAAUCAGUAUAAGUUGUGGUUGUGAUAUCACUUUGUUGUCAACGUCUUUUAUUGGGUGGUUUCUUAAUUAUACCACUGCAAACCUGAUACAGUUAUCGAAUAUAGAAACAAACAAGGCAACCAGGGAUAAUGUUGACACUGUGUCUAUAUAAUAAGUUUUCAUUCAAUUUAGGCUAUAGCAUUGCGUAUAUAACAGUGACGCAAAACGAAAACAGAAAAAUUGGAUA